UAUAUAUAAAUAAAUGUAUUUACUUCCCAUUGAAGACCUAUUUAAACAAUUAAUACAUGGCAAGAAAUAUCUAUAAAAUGGUUGUGGUUUAGGCUCUGACUAAAAAAACAAGGAAUGAUUUUAAUAAACUUGUUGUAUAUACUCACAUUGUGUCUUACUGCUAGUUGUAUAUGCUCAUAUUGUGUGUUACUAUUUUACUUGGUGUAUAUAUGUCCCCAAAGUUUUCUUUGUCUAAAUGAACAUAUUUUAUUUCAGCAAUAGCACAACUGGAGGUCAGCCUAUCCAUUCAUCAUUUUUAGACCUUUGGCCUGUGGUAAACCACAGUGACCUGAGGCAUGGACUACAUUGGCAAAAAAUAUGUAAAUCUGAAUCCUGCUGCAUCACAGAAGCUGGAAGUUCUGAUGUUCCAUUGAAAUCACAAUGGAAAGUCUUGACUUACCUGGUCAGAGUAAUGAAAGGCAGUAAUAUAAAUAAAGAUCAUUCAGCAGAAGGAGAGGGGGCUGGAAAACGACCAAAGAGGAAGUGUCUCCAGUGGCAUCCAUUGCUAGCAAAGAAACUUCUCGACUUUUCAGAAGAAGAGGAAGAGGAAGACGAAGAGGAAGAUAUUGAUAAAGUUCAACUUCUUGGGGCUGAUGGCCUAGAACAAGAUGUUGGUGAGACCGAAGAUGAUGAGUCGCCAGAACAGCGAGCUCGGAGACCAAUGAAUGCAUUUCUUUUAUUCUGUAAACGACAUCGCUCUCUUGUACGUCAGGAACACCCCAGGCUCGAUAACCGAGGUGCUACCAAGAUACUAGCUGAUUGGUGGGCUGUUCUUGAUCCAAAGGAAAAGCAGAAGUACACAGACAUGGCUAAGGAGUAUAAAGAUGCAUUUAUGAAAGCAAAUCCUGGUUACAAAUGGUGUCCCACCACAAACAAGCCUGUGAAAUCUCCAACAUCCACUGUCAACCCACGAAAAAAGCUUUGGGCCUUCCCAUCUGAUUCUUCACGAGAUUUGCCUAGUCCCAAGAAAGCCAAGACUGAAGAAACACCUCAACUUAACUUUGGAAUGGCUGAUCCUACUCAGAUGGGAGGCCUGAGCAUGCUGCUAUUAGCUGGAGAACAUGCUCUCAGCACACCAGAGAUAUCCUCUGGGACUGGCAGGGCUGAUGUUUCAGAGUCCCCUGAAUUGCGGCACAAGUCACCGUUGUUUCAGUUUGCUGAGAUAUCUUCAAAUACAUCCCAUCCUGAUGCUGCUACAAAACAGUGUCAAACAUCAGCUUUGUUUCAGUUUGCAGAGAUUUCUUCAAAUACUUCGCAACUGGGUGGUGCUGAGCCUGUAAAACGCUGUGGAAAGUCUGCACUCUUUCAACUGGCAGAGAUGUGUCUGGCAUCAGAAGGAGUAAAAAUGGAAGAAUCGAAGCUAAUGAAAGCAAAGGAAUUGGAUGGUGGAAGACUUAAAGAACUGGAGAAGGGAAAGGAAGAAAGAGAAAUGAAAAUGGAAAGAACAGAUGAAGCCAGGUUACAGAAGGAAGCCGACUUUGAAAAAUCAACUAAGGAAAAUUUAAGAGAGUCUAAAGAGUUAAGAAAUUUUGAGGAGCUACAAAUGGGUGAUGUAAUGGCUAUAAAAAUGGAAGACCCCAAAGAAAUCAGAAAGGAAGAAUUAGAGGAAGAUCAGAAAUGUAGUCACUUCCCUGAUUUUUCUUAUUCUGCCAGUAGCAAGAUAAUAAUCAGUGAUGUUCCCGGUAGAAAGGAUCACAUGUGCCGUCCCCAUGGUAUCAUGAUCAUCGAGGAUCCCAUAGCAUUAAACAAACCAGAGAAACUAAAAAAGAAAAAGAAGAAAAGCAAAAUGGAUCGACAUGGGAGUGAUAAAUCCACACCCAAGAAGCCCUGCAAGAAGAGACAGUCUUCAGAGUCCGACAUUGAGAGUGUCAUAUACACGAUUGAAGCAGUUGCAAAAGGAGACUGGGGCAUUGAGAAGCUCGGAGAGGCCCCUCGCAAAAAGGUCCGCCCAUCCUCAAGUGGCAAGGGAAGCAUUUUGGAUGCUAAGCCACCAAAGAAAAAAGUGAAAUCAAGAGAGAAGAAAAUGUCCAAGGAGAAAUCCUUAGAUACCACCAAAGAGUCAAGACCUCCAGAUUUCAUUAGUCUUACUACCAGCAAGAACAUUUCUGGUGAGCUUCCAGAGAGCAUAAAAGCAGAACCACUGACCCCCACGGAGGACGUGCUACCACCCAGCCUGUCAGGACAGGCCAAGACAGAGGGCAGUGAUUGUCACAGAAAAAUAGAGACUUGUGGCUUCAGGAAAUCUGAGAGGUCUUGCAAAGGUGCUCUUUAUAAAACCCUGGUGUCAGAGGGCAUGCUCACCUCUCUGCGAGCUAAUGUUGACAGAGGAAAACGAAGCUCAGGAAAAGGAAACUCAUCUGAUCAUGAAGGGUGUUGGAAUGAAGAAAGCUGGACAUUUAGCCAGAGUGGAAGCAGUGGCAGCAAGAAGUUCAAGAAGACAAAGCCGAGGGAAGACUCCUUCCUUGGUUCAUCAAAGCUGGAUGAAGAAUUUGAAAAAAAAUUUAACAGCCUCCCUCAAUAUAGUCCUGUUUCAUUUGACCGGAAAUGUGUACCUGUCCCAAGAAAAAAGAAGAAGACCGGGACCAUGUCUUCAGAAUCAGCAAAAACCAGCAAAGGUCCUUUCCAGUCUCAGAAAAAGAACUUUUUCCACAAAAUUGUCAGCAAAUAUAAGCACAAAAAGGAGAAGCCUAAUGUUCCGGAAAAAGGAAGUGGGGAUAAAUGGUCAAACAAGCAAAUCUUCUUGGAUGCCAUUCACCCUACAGAAGCCAUAUUUUCAGAAGACAAAAACACCAUAGAGCCUGCGCAUAAGGUUAAAAAUGCCCUAUCCCUUCCCAACACUCCAGAGCCAACAACAAUGCAAGAACCACUGGUGGGCAGCCAAAAGAGAAAAGCAAGAAAAACCAAGAUUACACACCUUGUCAGGACAGCAGACGGCCGGGUUUCACCAGCAGGAGGUUCUCUGGAUGACAAACCAAAGGAGCACCUGCGGAGGAGUCUCCCCAAGGCAGCUGAGGCCGACUGCAAUGAUGAGUGCUCCCACCAGCCUGAGGCUGAAGAGACUCGGAGCAGUACUCCGGAAAUGCCCGCGGUGUCUGCGUUCUUUAGCCUCGCUGCAUUGGCCGAAGUGGCAGCCAUGGAGAAUGUGCACAGAGGUCAGAGAUCAACUCCGCUCACCCAUGAUGGACAGCCAAAAGAAAUGCCACAGGCUCCUGUACUUAUUUCUUGUGCUGACCAGUGAAGCGCCCUUUAAUUGUCAGACCCUGUGCUUUACCUCCUUCCCUAGCCUUGUCUUUACCAAGGGAUGCUAGUGAGUCCAUGUGGUGGAAAAUACAGACUGCAAACAAGUGGUUUUGUGCCCUACCUGGCGGCCCGGAUUCACUUGAAGCAGAAUUGAGCAUCCUGGCCAGUUUGUUCUUUCAGAACCCAGAAUCUUUGAGGGUGAUAUUAUUUGUUGAUACUGAGCAGAGGCGGGACAAGCCUGGAGCUUUGCUUUCUAUUGAAGGCUUUUGGCAGUAACAGGUGGUAACUUGGUAAAAGGCUGCCUUUACUGUAGCUCAUUCAGCAUCUCUUUUACCAACCAGAGAGUGUGAAACUAGUUUCAUAUAUUACCUAGUUAUUCUUUCAAAACAAAACAAAAAACAAACAAAAAAAACAAAAACUGACGCACUGCACUAGUUAUUAUUAGAUAUUCUUAGUCUUUUUUGUACAUGGAGAUUUAAGUUCUAAGAUGGUUUAUAUAAUAGGUUAUACCUACAUUUAUACUGUAGAAUAAAUAUUAAAAAGCCUGUUCCUAGACUCCCAGGCAGCAUGGACAGGCAAAUGUACCAUUGUUAGCGGUGUAUGCUCGGCCUUGUGGUCCAUAUAUUCUGCACUUUUAUAUUUGCCACCAGAGUGGUAGUUUGCUGGCAAAAAAAAAAAAAAAAAAAGAGAGAGAGAAAAAUUACAAUUCUUACAAUCUGAAUUUUUUUCUUAGCUUUGAAUGACCAAGAAGAAUUUGCUUGGGGCAAAUUGUGGCAAAUAUUUUUCCCAGACAGGGGAAGAGUCCUGCAGAUUACAGAUUAUUAAUGUUUUCAUGCCUUGAGGAUUCUUUUAUUUUUACACAGGGGUCUAAGUGGCCAAGGAUCGUUCAUACAAACAAAAAAAGACAAAAAUAUUAUUCAGAAGUGACCUUAGUAUUACUUCACUAUUCUAACCACAUUGAAGACACUCACUUCAUAUGGACUUGGAGCUCCCGACCUUUUCCAUCCAUGACAGACAGACUGGACGGGUUGCAAUUGCUAUGCACAGCCUAACGGCACUGCAGUUGUUUAGAGCCAUUUCAAGUUUGUAUUGUGCAGGAGGUAUUGUGUACAUAAAGAGGGAGGUGUGCCUGACCAGAGUGGACCUCUCAGUCAUAGAUCCCUCCGCAACUUUCUUGUUUCAUUUUUGUGUUUUAUUGCUUUUGAACAUAGAACCAACCGUACAUAUGCCAGUGCCAAGUGGAUUAACUGGCUUAGAACAUUGAACAUAUUGACAUAACCACCUGACGUUCACAGUGUCUGGUUUCCUAGCAACAGAUGCAAAGUGAUAAAUCAAAAUUAGUCUGAGGCUGCAGAUUUAACAGGGUAUUUGUUCCAUAGCACAAAGUAUUUCCCCACUCUUGCGUCACAGCACAAACUACCAAAUUUUAAAUAUUGGAUUCCAGCAAUAAUUUUUAAUGGUUUUCAAACUGGCAGAUUUUUGAUAGUGCUGGUUCGAGUUUGAAAGCUUUUGAAUUAGAUCUCUAAAUGGUGACAGUUUACAUGGUUUUAUCUAGCUGUCUUAUUUAUACUUCACUGAAUUGUAAUGAUGAUUUGUUUUCUAAUUGUAAAUUGACCUAAUAGCCAUACACAAAAAGUGACUCUAUUAAUACUGACUAGGUUUAGCUUCUUGUGGUUGUAGAUAUUACUUCAGUUACGGUGCUGAAAAAUAUGUACAACAUACUAACAGGAUUGGGAAAAAAAAUCUAGUUAUUCCUAUUUUCAAAGCAGGCAAAAAGGGCAGUAAGCUUUGAGAUAAUAUCCUAAAAAAAUGCGUGUUCACUGUGGGGAUGGGAGGAAGAAGGAAUUAGUAAGAGGUUAAUCAGAAGCUAUACCUUAACCCCAUUCACAUAGACAUAUAAGUGAGCAGCCCCAGGUUUUAGCAUACUAUUUUUUAUUAUGAUGCUGUUUUAUUAAUAUUUUAUAAAUUUCAAAGCAAAAGUGAAUGUCUGAAAAUUUUUGGGUCCUGGUGUUGGUGGCUGUUGGAGUUUUGGACCACAUGCUAAUAGUGAUUUAAAAAUUCUGAUCAGCUAAAAAUCCAAAAAAAUAAAAAAACCUGAGAAACUAACAACACAAAUUGUAUGGUGCAGAACAUGCACCUUGACAAUGGUACUAACUUGUUAUUCUGUAGAACACGUUAGACUAGAUCUGUUUUUGCCAGCGCACCCCCCUUCAGUCCUCCAAUUACAUUUCACUAGACUUCUUUAAUAGAUUGCUGUAUAUUCAUGGGACCUUUUUUAAAAAUGAAGCAAAACAGAAUAUUACUUUUUUCUAUGUGAUUAAUAUCUUACUUGAUCUGCUUUUUCCUAAACCUCAGUGGCUUUUUCCUUAAUCAGGGGUGGGUGUAGGAGGGCAACUUACUGCAUAUGACUGUUUUCAGAUACUUUAAAACAAGCCUCCCCUCCCCCCCUCUUUUUGGUAAAAUGUUUAAUUUUUAAGUGGUUAAGCUCUGAGAGUAGCAGAAAUCCCGCAAAUCUUUCUAGUUCCUUAGGCACUCGCCUUAUCGUUUCUGGGUGAGGUCCUGAUUCCAGCAGUAGUGCUUCCCCUACCCCGAAUGUACUGGAGAGGGGUUGGUCUUUUCAGAUGAUAACUUUGGUUAGCACAAAUAUUUUAGACUGCUAUGGUAGAGCUCUUCCUAUCCCCCAACCCACAGUUGGCAUUUUCAUUUUGUUUCUCUCAUUCUGUUGGAUUUAGGAGAAGUCAUCUGUUGCUGUGGUGUGUACUUUAGUCUGCCAGCAGCCACCAUCCACACUAACGUGGGUCCCACAGUAUCCUCAAGAGAGAAAGUUGUUGCACCUUAUGUAUAUCUCAAGCAAACCAAAACCUUGUGCUCUUCUGCUUUGUGCUAUUCUAAAUUGUUGUAUCAUAUCUUUCUGAAACCAAUUCUGAAUUUAGUUGAAAUUACCCAUAUUUAUGCUUUCAACCUUAUUUUCUGGAUUCAAACCUGUAUAUAAAUCUUUUGGAAAAAAAAAAAAUUGUCCUAGCCCUUCUCUGCCAUGCUGGAAGCAAAAGAUUUUGUCUCAGCUGGAGACACAGUACUGUUCCGGUUUUCUGUAGCCUUUUAUUUAUUUAGUUACUCUGGGUGUUUCCUAUGUAAUUUUGAAGUGUGUAGAGUAUUUUAUAGUAACUGAGUCUGCAGCUCUAAGAAGCUGAGUGAAAGACAAAAUACUGUAAGACAUCUUUUAAGUUUGUUUUUAUUUGGGUACUAUAUAUGAGAUUGGGAAAAGGAAAAAUGUCCCAUGGCCACAUUGGAAAUACAGGUUCUUUCCCCCAAAUUAGGUUAGUUCCCAUGUUUCAGAUCCAAACUAUAAAUUCAUGAGACUCCCUCCUGAAGAGUAAAUAUUGAAUGAUAAAUCAUCUUGCAGGAUAGAUCGUAUAAUUCAGACAGUCUUUUCCCCACAGAUAUCAGAAAUUACGCAAUUCUGUCAAACUCUUACCAAUGCCAUGUCUUGAAGCCAUGCUGAAAUAAUUCCCACGUUAUCAUUGUUAACUCUAGUUCCUGCUGUUAAAAUUGCUGGAGAAUAAAGCAAUGAUGGAACACUAUGAACAAAACUGAGCAUCUAAGCAGGUCUGAUGAUGCGCAAUCCAACAUGUUCAUCCCCCAUCAUUUUCUGAUUAAGUCAGAUGCUUCUAUAAGUCAGGAAAAAAUAUAAUGCUGCAGGCAUUGGCUCACUGUGCAAGAAAGUCUGCACCUAUGUAAACUCUUGAGCAAAUUGCAAAUUCAUUGGAUGGGAGUAAGCUGAAAACUAAAUGACCUGUUUUGUGUAUAGGGUGGGGUGGGGUGGGAAAUACCAAAUAACUGUUCCAAGCUUGGCAUUUGGCGUUAAUGUGAAGCAGUGGGACCAUGCUGCCUGCUAUACUACUGUAUGAACCGUCAGUGUUCUGAAGACCCGCAGCUGGAGGCUGGAGGAUGGUGUGCACACAGCAGAGGAGGAGCGUCACCGCUUCAUCGGAGAAGGAAGGAAAUCAGGGAAGGCCUGAAGUCACCGUUUGUACAGAGAGUGUUGGGGUGCCUGCGAUGGAGAUUCCCCUCUGAUGGCACUGCUCCCCAGCGCCCUCACACAAGGCCAAUCCUUUCAGGCUACCUCGGCUUUAAAAGUUCAUUUCAGUAAGUCCUGUUUCAGAAGUUUGUCUUUUGUUGCUUCUGCCUUCAGUGCCACUGUUUUUCACUGCAGUGUUCUGACUUCACAAAUGGCCUUCUCCGGAGAGAACAAUGUAUUGCUGAAAAUGGGCAGUAGAAGCAAAUGCUGUUACUACAUUGGACCUGUAAAGUAUUCAGAGUGACUGCUUAGGUGGAAAUGAAAAUUUAGCUUUUCCCACAUAGGUCCUCCUUUUGCACCUUAUAAAAAAUGUACUAACUGUUAAUUAGGUCUUGCUUUUGUUUAUACAAGCAUUCCCAAAGAAUUUGAUUUGAAUUUUGUUUUAUUUGAGUUUGGAGUUUUUGAUAAUUACCAUAUUUAGAUUGACUAACAGCAUCCUUAACAAUAAAAAAGAGAAGCAAUUGUUCAGUUCCUAUUACCAGCUGUGUCUGGUGAAGUAUUCAGGGUUUGAUGGACCGCUUCGCUUAGUUUGGAAGUGAUAGUUAAGGUUAUUCUACUCCAUAUUAAAUGACUUUUUCUUCUCACGGGGGACAUGAUUCUUCCCCACAUUUCAGAACAAAGAAGCAACAAGAGUAACACAGGAGACAAAAAGAUUUGACUCCUUCAUACAUCUCCAUCUGUGCUAUCCUUUCCUUCGAAGAAAAAACAGAUACAUUUUUCUAAAAUUAAGGGGUAUCCUCUUGUGGCCAAAUUUUAUCUGUGGUGGCAUAAUUUAUACAAAUACAUUGAGAGGAUACCUUGUAGUUAAAAGUUCGAGGGCCACAGUUAGUGCUCAAAACUGAUCUUG